AUGCGAGCUUCUGUCGGUAUUAAGCUCAUCUGGGUGGCGGUGAUAGGAGACUGGUUGAAUUUAGUGUUUAAAUGGAUUUUGUUUGGGGAGCGGCCGUACUGGUGGGUGCAUGAGGCGUCCUAUUAUGAUAACGGCGUCCGGCCUCACAUCGAGCAGUAUCCCAUGACCUGUGAGACCGGCCCAGGCAGUCCGUCAGGCCACGCCAUGGGAGCCGCCGGAGUCUACUACACUCUGGUCACCUCCAUCCUGGCCCUUCUCAGCACCAAGAAGAAGAUGGGGAUGAAGAAACCCUCCCAAAAAGACUGGUAUCUGAAGGUGACUCUGUGGAGCGUCUUCUGGGGCGUGCAGCUGGGCGUGUGUCUGUCCAGAGUCUUCAUCGCGGCACACUUCCCUCAUCAGGUCAUCGCCGGCGUCAUCACAGGUAUGAUCGUGGCUGAGGCCUUCAACCGCACACAGUGGAUCUACAGCGCCAGUAUGCGGCAGUACUUCUUCAUCACCCUCUUCCUCACCUCCUUCGCCGUGGUCUUCUACCUGCUGCUCAAGGCCGUGGGCGUGGACCUCCUCUGGACCAUAGAGAAGGCCCAGACUUGGUGCGUGCGUCCGGAGUGGGUUCACCUGGACUCCACCCCCUUCGCCAGCCUGCUGCGCAACAUGGGGACCCUGUUCGGCCUGGGCUUGGGUCUCCACUCGCCCCUGUACACCGAGGCGAAGAAAAGCAACAGCACAGGACAGAAAAUAGCGUGCAUCGUGAGUUCUUUGGUCUUGCUCCAUCUUUUCGACUCGUUCAAACCGCCCACUCACACCGCGGCGCUCUACUACCUUCUGUCCUUCUGCAAGAGCGCCACCGUCCCGCUGGUCACGGUCAGCAUCGUGCCCUAUGUUGUGAGGGGGGCGCUGAAUUUCGGGGGCAAGAAGAAGCUCUGA